GCCAUGGUGUUUAGAAUUUGCAAUCAGCACUUUUAAUUCUCACUCAACAGUUGGUUAUCGUGCCAGUCGGUGUGGAACGGAGCGUAAAAUACUGUGUCCCGUCUGUUUGCUGUUUGCGUCAUAGUUUCGCUGCUAGCCCUAUACCAGCCUGCAAGAACGAUGCGGUUGAGCCCACUGGAUCCCAGCUCCUACUCUAAUGCUCAGGAGCUUAUCAUACGGCAUGUGGAUCUGGACUGGACGGUUAACUUCGAUAAGAGCACUAUCUCCGGAAUUGCGACCCUUCACUUCAAGCUGACCAAGAAGGACCUCGAGGAAGUUUUUCUGGAUGUAAGCGACCUCACGGUAUCAUCGGUCGCGGCAAAAUCGACGGCCGGCGAGGUUCCGCUGGACUGGGACAUCGGAGGUACGAUCGAGAACAUUGGCUCGAAAUUGACCAUCUACUUGCCCACGAAAACGAACGAUGAGCUUACGUUGGUGAUUGCUUACGAAACAUCGCCCAAGGCGAGCGCUCUGCAAUGGCUUACGCCCGAGCAGACGUUUGGCAAGAAGCAUCCGUAUCUGUUCAGCCAGUGCCAGGCGAUCCACGCCCGAUCGAUCCUGCCCUGUCAGGAUACGCCCGCCGUGAAGUUUACGUACAACGCAACGCUACACCACCCUAAAGAGGUCACGGGUCUGAUGAGUGCGAUUAAGGUGGACUCGGAACCGGGAGUAUCGAAGUUUCAGCAGAAAAUUCCUAUCCCAAGCUAUCUGCUGGCAAUUGUGGUAGGUGCGCUGGUGUCGAAGCCAAUUGGACCUAUCUCCAGCGUGUGGGCCGAGCAGGAGCAGAUUGAUGAGGCGGCAGAGGAAUUUUCCCAAACGGCCGAUUUCAUCGCGAAGGCGGAGGAAAUCUGUGGUCCGUACGUUUGGGAGCGGUACGAUUUGCUGGUAAUGCCGCCAAGCUUCCCGUUCGGAGGUAUGGAGAAUCCUUGCCUGACGUUCGUAACGCCAACACUGCUGGCGGGUGAUAAAUCGCUUGCCACGGUGGUUGCGCACGAAAUUGCGCACAGCUGGACGGGCAACCUGGUGACGAAUAGAAAUUUUGAGCAUUUCUGGCUGAACGAAGGCUUUACCGUGUUCGUUGAGGGAAAGAUCGUCGGCCGGUUGUCCGGCAAUGCGUCGCGCGAUUUUCAUGCCCUGCACGGUUUGAGCGAGCUUUCGGACUGUAUUAAAACUCAACUGGCCGACACGCCCGAGCUGACGAAGCUCGUCGUAGAUUUGUCGGAGUGUGGGCCGGACGAUGCCUUCUCCACCGUGCCGUACAUUAAGGGUUCAACGUUCUUGCGCUACCUGGAAGAUCUGCUAGGUGGACCGUCCAAGUUUGAGCCGUUUUUCCGUGCCUACCUGGACCGCUUCAAGUACCAGUCGGUGCUGACGAACGACUUCAAGCAGAUGCUUUACGAGUGGUUCCGCGAGGAUCCGAACAAUGAAGUGCUGCUCGAGCGUAUCAAUUGGGAUUUAUGGCUGUUUGGCGAAGGAAUGCCACCCGUCAUCCCAAGUUACGAUCGUUCGAUGCUGGAGGCAUGCCUAGCACAUGCUACCCUGUGGGCCGAAAAUGAUUUGGACACGAUCAAAAAUUCGCCGCUGGUGAAGCAAAGCCUCGUUAGCGUGCAGCUGAUCGAGUUCCUUGCGCAGUUGCUGGAGAGGAAAAAGAUCGUCGAUCUGACGGCGGAGAAGGUGGCGCUGCUGGGCGAGACGUACGGCUUCAGCACGACAAAGAACGCGGAACUGCGGUUCCGGUUCGUGCGGCUGUUCAUACGCGCCCGGCUGAUCGAGAAAAUGGACGAAAUUCUCGCUUUUGCGAAUAGCAACUUCCGGAUGAAGUUUGUUCGCCCGGUGUACAAGGAACUGGGCGCCUGGCCCCAAGCGAGACCCAUCGCCAUCGAGAACUACAACCGCGUAAAGGAUCAGAUGAUGACGGUUUGUGCCUACACGGUUGCGAAAGAUUUGGGCAUUUCGGAUGUAUCGGCUUAAGGGGUGCAGUGCAUUUCAGAACCCGCGCAAUAAGGUACGAUUUGUAUGGUAAAAUAAAGUUAACAACAGUACGUGAGAUUAA